UGUGAGAUUAAUACCAUAGUCGCUAUAUUUGCUAAAAUACCAGAGGAUAUUGAAUAACAAUAAUUUGUAAAAAAAUUAUUGAAAAACAAAAAGAGAUUUUUUAUAAGCACCAUUCACAUUUUGUUAGUAUUCUUUAAGACAUGCAUCCAUUGUUGUAAAAAUUUGUAGAAGAUUAUUGUAAGCUAGAUAAAAUUAAAGGAAUACCUCUGGAAGAAUCACAAGGAUCCCAGCUAACUUUAAGAAUAUUUGAAUCAUCUACUCUGCGACAUUCAGUUUGAUAAAGAAAAUAUAAUCAAUUUCAGUGUAAACAAGAAGUGGGCACAAAGGAACAGCAAUAAGCUAUGGGCACUUUUUGGUCGCAAUUACCCAGUUGCUAGCUGGGUACUCAUUCGUAUGGUGGUUUGACAAAUAUUUCGUUUAAAAUUCCUUGUAUAAAUACAUUCUAGUGAGAACUUUUAAGCAAUGAUUCCUUUGUACAUUCUAACGUUUCUUCUGUGCAUUAUCGGCUAUAUUUGGUAUUAUGUAAGGAGAGCCUUUUCUUAUUGGAGUGAUAGAAAUGUUCCAGUACUCGAGCCAAAAUUUCCAUUGGGAAACCUCGGUGAAGUUGGAAAGAAACAUAUUGGAAAUGUUUUUGGAGACGCAUAUCUAAAAUUGAAAGGGAAAGGGCCCUUCGCGGGUUUCUACGUGUUAAUGUCACCCGUUGUAAUGUCACUGGACUUGGAUUUCAUCAAAGAUAUCCUCAUUAAGGACUUCCAGUACUUUGCUGAUCGUAAAAUAUUCUACAAUGAGAAGGAUGACCCAUUGUCAGCCCACUUAUUUGCUAUUCGUGGACAAAAGUGGCGAAGUUUAAGGCAGCAAUUGACUCCUACAUUCACAUCAGGGAAGAUGAAAAUGAUGUUCCCACUUGUAAUUGGUCAAGCGAAAAAUCUGCAGAAGUAUAUUGACAAACAUAUUAAUGAAAGUUCUAUGCAACUCAAAAAUGUUUGUAUACGAUUUACAGCGGAUGUUAUCGGUAUUUCUGCUUUUGGACUGGAAUGUCGUGCGUUAUUAGAUGAGGAUUCUGAGAUCCUCAAAGUAGGGAAACACUUUUUUUCUUUCAAUACAUUUGCAAAGCAAAUUAAGUUCUUUUUUGAGAUGGUUUGUGAAGAUUGGGCUCGCAAACUAGGUUUGCGUUUUAAUCAUCCUGAAAUGGAGGAAUUCUUUAUGAAGGUUAUCAAGGAAACGGUUAGACAACGAGAAGCCGGUAUUAUUGAUAGGAAUGACUUCAUGAAACAUCUUUUGGAAAUCAAGAAUUCUCCCAAGGAUGAUGAUGUUCUUAGUAACUUGACAUUCAACGAAUUGGCUGCUCAAGCUUUCAUUAUCUUUUUCGCUGGUUUUGAAACAUCUUCUACAGCAAUGGAGUGGACCUUGUGCCACUUUGCCUUGUAUCCUGAGAUUCAAGAACGAGCUCGUCAGGAAGUCAGGGAUGUGAUGAAGAAAUACAAUGGAGAAUUGACGUAUGAAGCUGUUCAAGAAUUGACUUAUUUGAGACAAUGUAUUGAUGAAACCCUUCGGAUUUAUUCCCCGGCUGUUCCACUAUUUCGUCUUUGCGUUGAGAACUACAGAGUACCAAACACAGAUUUAAUUAUUGAGAAGGGUACGCAAGUUAUCGUGCCAAAUAUCGGUAUUCAUAUGGAUCCGGAUAUCUACCCCAACCCCCAUCUAUUCGAUCCUGAUCGUUUUACUUCGGAGAAUAUCAACAAUCGUCAUCCUAUGGCUUAUUUGCCUUUUGGUGAUGGCCCAAGGAAUUGUAUUGGAAAACGUUUUGCACUAAUUCAAGUGACAGUUGGUCUUGCCUACAUCUUGAACCACUUCAAAUUUACAAUGAAUUCGAAAACCAAGUUACCCCUUGAGAUUGAUCCUACAGACAUACCGCUUCGUGUAAAGGGAGGGGCUUGGUUUAACGUAGAAAAACUCGGUUGAGGUAAAUGACAAAACGAUAAAGUUUGACUCCGUUUAUACUCCGUUCAAAGGAAACAUUUCAAAUUAACUUUCUAUGUGAAAAAUAGAAAAUAAUGGAGAAAUAUAUAUUGUGGAUAUUAGAGAGGUAAUAUUACCUGUAUUUAUCUAUGGCUUAAUAAUUAUAUUAUAAAUGUGGCUUGUAUGUUAAACAAAUAUUUUUGGAAAUUAUGCAUUAUUCGUAUUCAUUAUACAUAAACAGCGUACAAUAUAUAAAAUUUUAUAUAACUAUGUAAAGUUUGAUAAAAUAAAUUUGAAACUUGACAGGAUUAAAAUGAAGAAGGACUAAAUUG